AUACAUGUAUGUAUACACACGGCCAUAAUGGAAUGUGUGCUGUUGAAUCCAAUGCGUUACAUUCUGUGUGUAUAUCGUGGCGCCUUGAAUAACCUACCAGGACCAGUGCACGUAUACGGUAUACUAAUAGGCUACAACGUACAUUUUAUUUGCGGUGUUAUUGAUAUCAACCUACUAGUGUUCUAGUAUAGUAGUAGCAGCCAUUUUUGUACUAAAGUAUUUACGCUGAUCUGUGAAUCAUAAUUCAGUCAUAUUCCAUCUGCAUCGAAUUAAAUAUCAAUAUCGGAUCUUUGUGUUGACUAAGAACCCUAAAGGGAUCUAAUUCCAGGCGAGGGUAAGUCGUUAUUGUUUAGGGGUCCAUCGUUCCAAUAUACGUCAGUGAAUAUAUGCAGAUAUUCAAGGUACCAUUAGGAAUGGGCAGUUGGUCGAAAGUUACCUUACAAGCUGUGAUCGUCAUUUCGUUUAUCUUAACCUUCAUCGAUUUGGUGCUCGCUCAACAUGAAGGUGACCUGCAUCUCAUGCAUGGAACUUCUUCAAGGAACGGUAGACUGGAAGUUUACCUGAACGAUGAAUGGGUGACGAUCUUCGACGGUGGUGGAUUCAGCUUACCAGAAGCCGUGGUGGCGUGCAGACAGAUGGGUUUUAGUUCUGGAUCGGUUGCAGUCUACCACAAUGGGAUGUUUGGGCGUGGUACAUCAAGUGCGAGACUCAAGGAGAUACAUUGUGAAGGAAGAGAGAUGAGCCUCAUGGAAUGCUCAUAUAGUGUGUGUAGUGGAAUGGACUGCAACAAUGAUGAUGAUAUUGGAAUAUCUUGCGGUAACAGUGAAGAUGAAAGGUAUUUUCGCACAACUGGAUUCAGAAGAUGGAGUGGAUUUGUAGUCUUACUGAUUGCCAUACCAUUCUGCGGGCAUGCUUAUAAACGCCGUGGUGCUUAUGGUAAUCAGAGUCGUUCCAUCAUCCCUUUACCGCGUUACCAUCAUGGACGAGUGCCUCUGACGAGUCGUUUGGAAGAUACUACCAUGACACCAUCACCGGGGAGUCCUCCACAGUCCUUCCCAAACUCUCCAGAUGGUCUGCCAGCCGAACCGAUGGCGAGAGUUUAUCCCCAUGGAUAUGUGUCUUAUCCUCACCCCAACACUGUACCGCCUUUAAGACCUACGGCAGCUAUUUACACUACAUCAUCUCUGGACACACCCAAUGGCUUACCACGCCCAUCCCAUUUUAUCACCAAUCAGACCACACCCGAUCCCUCAUCAUACUCGGUACCACCACCAGACUAUUCCGAGGUUGAAACAGGAAUGGAAUCUUCACCAAAUGUCCCAAAUGAGUCCGUUCUUAUUUUAGACCCACCUCCUAAAUAUGAAGACAUCGUAAAAUCAUGAAUUUAAUCGCCUCAAUAAUGUGUUUUUAAAGUCAAUUUUUAUUUUCUGCAUGGAGAUAUUACUUUGAGGGUAAUUGAUUAAAACCAUUAAUUUUCAUGUACCCGACUUCACCCUAACGGUCGAAGUGGGGGGGGGGGGGGGGGGAGG